AUGCUCUGUUUUUCCAUUUUCGUCGCCAUCAUCACAAUCAGAACUACAGCGCAGGAUGAUGCGAACUGCAGCCGCUUGUUCGAAUGCGGCCAGUUCAAAAUCGGUUACCCUUUCUGGGGGCUCAGCCGCCCGGCCUACUGCGGCCUCCCGGCGUUCCGUCUCCGUUGCGGCAUCGGGGAAACUCCAAUGAUCGGAAUCUCCGGCAUACCUCACAAGAUCCUCCGGAUCGACGAAUUCUCUCGGACCCUUACCCUUCUGCGAGAAGGGUUCGGUGGAAUCCCCUGCCUCCCUACCCGAACCAUCACCUUGGCUUCGGAUCUGUUCGAUUACGCGCCGGACACCCAAUUCGUCGUGCUCUUCUACGAUUGUCCGCCGCCAGAUGUCGGGAUUCAACUGCCGGCGAGUAUUGGCCGGCUCAAUUGCAACGGCGGUUCAUGGGAUUACUUUCUGCUGAGCGAGCACCUGCUCGGGGGGUUCGACGAUUCGGUCAGGAUUUGGUUGGAAUCGUGCCGGAAUCGAGUUAGGAUGCCGGCGAAUCGGACGGAGCUUGGGAGGUCGUCGCCGCCCCCGACGUCGGUGGAGAGGUUGGCGGCGGCGAUGAACCGAGGUUUUGGACUGCGGUGGACGAGGGAUUACGAUGGUGCUUGCGUCAACUGUACGAAAUCCGGAGGAGUGUGCGGGUUCAGUGAGAGGGCGGCGCGGUUUUUCGCUUGCUAUUGCGCCGGUCAGGCUUACGCCGCCGACUGUUUGGCCCUUAGUAGUGCUUCGCCACCGGAGAAACAACUCGGUACGAUCUUUCUCUUCUUCUCUUUGAGUUCUCGGGCCAGAUAG